AUGUUCCCGUUUUUAUUUGCUUUUAUCAAAAGUCUUGAUGACUCAACAUUAGCUCUCAACCAAUUAAUUGUAGGAGAAUGGAACAUAUAUCAGGAAGGUGUUAACUUCACCGAAGAACCAAAUUAUACCAUCGAAUUCCAUAAUGAACCAUCUUCUAACCAAAUUGUUGGAUCAUUUUGGGAAAAUUCCGCAGAAACUGAAUCAAAAGAAUUUCAUGAUAUGGAUUAUGGACAGUUAGCUCAAUUUGUUGUUGCAUAUAACAAUUUAAUGGGCGGUACUUUAAUCGAUUUCAUUACACCAUCCAGAACAGUUGCUACAUUUGAUUUCAAAAUGACACAAGACCGUUUGAUGAUAUGCAAAGGUAAGAUUUUAAAUAAUUAUACAUAUACUAUGCAGAUUACAAAUCAAUCAAUCUCCAUUUUCGUAUCAGGACUUGGAAGAUCUGAAGUUCUUCAAUUUAAUGCUAUCCGUCCUAUGCCUGUUAAGAAACCAGGCAUUUUUGGAAAAUUCUCAACAAUUAUUUAUAUCAUUGCUACGCUUUUUGUUGCUCAAGCAAUUCUCUUAUGCUUCUGCAACUGCAAGAAGAACCAAUUACUAGAAGAGUACGAAAUUGCAUCUGGACAAAGAUUGCAAGAUGUUAGAAAUAAACAUAAAGCUGACUAA